ACAGCGCGCGUGUUUGCACGUUUCUCAGGGGGCUUUACGUAGGCUCCACGGAUCUCCGACUUCUCUGCACGUUAGCUCCGCCGGCAGCUUUAAAAAAACGAGCUAAACAUAAACAUUGAACGCGUCGCGCAAUUUGUUAAAGACAUGUUUGACAUAUAAAUUUCCAAAAUUUAAGAAAUAAUAUUCCAUUUGAUUUGGUACACGCAUUGCGUAUACGUCGUGUUAUCUCUCUCCACCUCUGCCAUGCGCGUUUUAAAGUGAUUUAAAAAUAUGACAACCGCAGAGGCAACAUUUACAGCAACAAGCAUGAUCAUCAUCCACAGCAACAACAACAACAACAACAAGUUUUAUGAGUCGCCUGUAAGCGGCACUAGCUACAAAUUAUGAGCAUUAAAAUGAUAAAUACGUGUACAACAACAAGAAAGAUGCUUUUAUGAUUAAUCAAGCGAAAUCAAAAACAAAAAAAAAACCAGCAUCAGCAACUUUAACGAAUUUUAACAGCACCAAAGCGAGAGAAACCCGCGCAACAAUUAGCCAAAAUGGCAGAUCAACCUGGCCAAGAUGGUAGCAACAAAGGCGGCCAACUAGCCAAGACCGCCUCCUCACCCACUGCCCUGAAUGUGGUGACCAAACGCACCACGCCCACCACCCUAUCGCCCCUGUCACGACACAGCCAACUGUCCGACAGCGGGGCAGAGAGCUGUGGCGAUGGCGACGAGCAGACGCGACUCAUCCGCACCUCCUCCAUUCGCCCACACAAGUACAUCAUCAUACCUGCCACGCCCGGUUCACCGACAGCGUCUACAAGCGGAGCUUCAGCACCUCAGCUGCCCUUUCGUCAGACCAACUCCACGACAUCGCUUGUGGCCAUGGCAGCAGCCUUGCAGAAACAACAGACGCCCCGCCAGACGUCGGUAAAGUCGCGUCCCAACUCGGAUGUCAUCCAACCCGGACAGCUGCAGCAUUUGCAUGUGCCACAGCCGCCACAGCCGGCAACGUCGACUUCAACGGUCACCUUCACCAUUGACGAUUGCGAUGCCGAGACAACGAUGGCUCCACCUCCGGCAGCUCAUUUAACGCCCGCCACUUUAACGUGCACCACGACCACGACAAUGGCCGGACACGAGGUUGUCUCCCCACUCAGCUACGAUGUACGCUCCCGCCUGGGCAGCCAUCACAGCAGCAUGCGCUCCAUUGUCUCAGCCUAUCUGCCUGGCAUGAGCGACAGCAGCUGCAAUCUCGCCGGCAGCUCAGCCGCAAACUGCGGACUUCAGCCGCCGAAUGCGAUGUACAUGCAACCACAGUCCUCACUCAGCGGCAGUUCCUAUCACUUUCACGAUUUGGCCGGUGGCAAUCAGAUCUACUCGGAUGUCACAUCUGUGCGCUCGCUUGCCUCCAUUGGCAUUGGUUCGACGGAUGGGCGAAAGCUGGUCAUCAGACGAGUGCCAACCACGGCAAACGAGUUGUUCGACAUGGUGAAUCCGCAAACACCGCCGCCACUGGGCAUCGAUGACGAUGACAGUUACAUGGACAUGUCCGACGAGGCGGCCCAUUUGAAGCCGCGCCAACAACAUUGGGCCAACAAAAUGCAGUUCGUCUUGGCCUGCAUUGGCUACUCGGUUGGCCUGGGCAAUGUCUGGCGAUUUCCCUACAUGUGCUACAAAAGUGGUGGGGGUGUGUUUCUAGUACCUUAUUGCAUAAUACUCUUCAUAUGCAGCAUACCACUACUGUUCAUGGAGCUGUCGGUCGGACAAUACACGGGCCGAGGCCCCAUCGGUGCACUGGGUCAACUCUGUCCCCUUUUCAAGGGAGCUGGACUGGCGAGUGUGGUUGUCUCCUUUCUCAUGUCCACCUACUAUAGCGUCAUCAUAGGUUAUUCAAUUUAUUACUUUUUCACUUCCUUCAAAACACAAAUGCCGUGGAUCGACUGCAGCAACAGAUGGAACACUCCCGAUUGUUGGGUGCCACAGCGUAAGGAGAAUGUCACCGCCCCGAACACGUCCCGCACGCCGUCGGAGGAGUUCUUUGAAAACAAAGUGCUGCAGAUCAGUCCGGGAUUGGAGUACCCGGGCAUGAUGCGAUGGGAGCUCUUCGCCUGCCUUGUGUGCGCCUGGCUGAUGGUGUACUUUGCCACCUGGAAGUCCAUCAAAUCUUCCGCCAAGGUGCGCUACUUUACAGCCACGUUCCCCUUUGUGCUGAUCAUCAUUCUAAUGUUCCGAGCUGUGACGUUGGAGGGUGCCGACGAGGGAUUGCGUUUCUUCUUCCAGCCCAAAUGGUCAGAGCUUGGAAAUGCAAACGUUUGGAUCAAUGCCGCCUCACAGAACUUCAAUUCGCUGGGCAUUACAUUCGGGUCGAUGAUCUCGUUUGCCAGCUACAACAAGUACAACAACAAUAUACUACGGGACACAGUUGCUGUAAGCGUUGUCAAUAUGCUGACCAGUCUGUUGGUGGGCAUCUUUGCCUUCUCCACACUAGGGAAUCUCGCCCUGGAGCAGAACACCAAUGUACGCGAUGUCAUUGGCGAUGGUCCUGGCAUGAUAUUCGUAGUGUAUCCGCAGGCCAUGGCCAAGAUGCCGUACGCUCAACUCUGGGCCGUGAUGUUCUUCUUUAUGCUGCUCUGCCUUGGCCUCAACUCGCAGUUUGCCAUUGUCGAGGUGGUGGUCACAUCCAUACAAGAUGGCUUCCCGCGCUGGAUUAAGCGACACUUGGGCUAUCAUGAGAUUGUUGUGCUCUUUGUGUGCGUCAUCUCGUGUUUGUUUGGACUACCAAACAUCAUACAGGGCGGCAUCUACUACUUCCAGCUAAUGGAUCACUAUGCUGCCUCCGUAACGAUAAUGUUUCUGGCCUUCUGUCAGAUGAUUGCCAUAGCCUGGUUCUACGGCACCGGGCGACUCUCAAAGAACGUGAAGCAAAUGACCGGCAAGGCGCCAUCCUUCUACUUGAAGUCCUGCUGGCUUGUGCUGGGACCUAGCCUGCUCUUCGCCAUUUGGGUGCUGAGUCUGGUGAACUAUAAGGAGCCAACAUAUCACAAUGGACGCUACACCUAUCCGGACUGGGCCUACGGCAUCGGCUGGAUGUUUGCCUCCUUGUCGCUGAUCUGCAUACCCGGCUAUGCGAUCAUCAACUUUAUGCGUGCUGAUGGCAGCAACUUCUGGGAGCGCAUCAAGGUUACGCUCCGUCCCAACAUCUACGAAUGCAAAAUAUGCGGCGAACAUCAUUGCGAACACGACUAUCCGGAGCAAGAACAAUAUAUGCUGGCACAGGAGCUGAACAACGUGUACAAGUCGACGAUGCAGAAGCCUGGCUACAAUGCGAUGCUUGCCUCGCAUGCAGCGCCACAUGGAGGACUCCAUACGGAAUACACAUAUCAUUCGAAGGCGGAGCAUGCAGCGCAUCCAGCGACAGAUCAACACAGUGUUAAGUAGAGCUGCCACGAUGGGGAGACGCGUCAUGUUUCCUGUUCAAUUGUUAAUUCAAUUUCUGAGUAUUGCUUAAAUCUAAUUUUUCGUUUUAAAUUGCAAACAAUAAACGCAAUCAUAAUUUA